AGGAUUAUUAGAAGAUGGAAAACUCGAACUCGAGUUUACUAUUGUUGUUUUGUUUCAUUUGCACCUUCAUUUAUUUCCUCGCUUCUGGUAGAAGGGGAAGUAGGUCUGGCUCACCCAAACUCCCACCAGGCCCCAUCCCUCUUCCCCUUGUCGGCAACCUCUUSAAACUCGGUAACAAACCCCAUGAAGCACUCACAGAGCUAGCCAAGGCUUAUGGUCCAGUUAUGACUCUGAAGCUCGGCUGCCUGACGACGGUCAUCAUUUCUUCGUCUAGCAUGGCCAAAGAGGUCUUGCGAAAGAACGAUCAGGCCUUGUCAGCUCGAAUUAUUCCAGAUUCGGUCCGGGCAUGUAAUCACCAUCAAGUAUCAAUGGUAUGGUCACCACCUUCCCCUCAAUGGCGAAACAUGCGGAAGAUCUGCAAUACUGAAAUAUUUUCCAGUAAGAAACUUGACUCUAUGCAAGGUCUCCGAUGCCAAAAGGUUGAGAAGCUUGUUGCUUAUGUUCGCGACAAUAGCCGGGCUGGUCGUGCAGUCAAUAUUGGCCAAGCAGCAUUUGUCACCUCUCUUAAUUUGUUAUCAAACACCUUCUUCUCUGUGGACUUGGUCCAUCUCGGCUCUGAUUCUGCCCAAGAUUUCAAGACACUAAUCUGGGCAGUGAUGGAAGAAGUAGGAAGACCGAACUUGGCAGACUAUUUCCCAAUUCUCAGAUGGAUAGACCCACAAGGUGUAAGGCGUCGCUUGUCUAGCCAUUUUCAGAGGUUACUCGAAAUUUUUGAUGAAAUGAUCGACCAAAGGUUACAGUUGAGAGCUUUGCUUGCUUCUCCCACGCACAAUGACAACAGUGAUGUAUUGGAUGUUCUCCUCAACCACACCAAAGAUAAUGCCUCCCAGUUCGGGCGGAAUGAACUCAGGCAUUUUAUUUUGGAUCUAUUUGUUGCAGGAACAGACACAACAUCAAGCACAUUGGAAUGGGCWAUGGCUGAGUUACUUCGAAAGCCUGAAGCAAUGGUAAAGGCUCGAAUGGAGCUGGAAGAAACAAAACAGAAUGGUAAAUCGAUUGAAGAAUCGGAUAUUGUUCGACUACCCUACUUACAAGCGGUGGUGAAGGAAACAUUUAGGUUGCAUCCGCCGGCUCCACUCUUACUCCCUCAUAGAGCAGAAAUUGAUGUAGAGAUAUGCGGCUUCACCUUGCCCAAGGAUGCCCAAGUUCUGGUGAAUGUGUGGGCCAUAGGCAGAGACCCAACCAAGUGGGAGAACCCUCACUGUUUUAGUCCUGAYAGGUUUCUCAACUCAGCCAUUGAUUUCAAAGGUCGGGACUUUGAUUUGAUUCCGUUUGGCGCCGGGAGACGGAUCUGUCCUGGGUUGCCACUAGCUUUUCGGAUGGUUCACUCGAUGUUGGCUUCUCUUCUUCAUUCGUUUGAUUGGAAGCUUGAAGAUGGGACGACAACAGAGCAAAUGGACAUGGAUGAUUGUUUUGGACUCACUUUACAAAAGGCUGAGCCUCUURUGGCUGUCCCUGUUCAUGUUUAGCACUUUUCAUCAAUAACUAAUUCAAGAAGAAACACAAACACCAUUGUUUGUACUGAAAUCCUGUUGGUGAGAAAUUAGAAAUGUGUAUUUUUUAAGGAAACUUGCAUUAUUAAUUCAACGAACAAGAUGUUUUCCUUUGUGAGCCUAUCUUAGGUGUGGAUUUCUGAGAAA